AUGAUCAUGUAUGAACUUGAACGUGAGGGCAGGAAAUAAGGCGCGCUCGUGGUACUGCGCGCACUAACAGGGAAGUGAGACUAACCUACUUUCUGCUGCUGCUUUCCAAACUUCUGUGAAAUCUGCCCCGCGUUUAAAACAUAAAUACACGCCGACUCGGUGAAAAAUCGCGGAGGAUUGUCUGUCUUCCGAGGACAAGUUGGUCAACUUUACAGAGUGUGAUGGAUGUUGAGUAGGACACUGGGAGUUCUCACUGUAGACAGUAGAAAACGAGGAAGAGACAGCCGACCACAACACACAAUAUCAAUGUUUCUGAAAGCAACAGUGAACUGAAGACCUGUUUGACCAUGACUCAGUGGCUGCACAUGUCCCAGAUGAUCCACUGCCUGCCGGAUGAGACCAUCAACAAUCUCUAUCCCCCGCAGGCCUUCCCCAUUGAAGUUAGACAUUUUUUAGCUGAAUGGCUCGAGAACCAAAGAUGGGAGGACUUUGCGCCGGAAAAGGUGGAGCGAGCAAGCCAGGCUAAAGCUCUGUUGGACCAGAUUAUCAGCAUGCUGCAGUCCAUUUCUCAGCAGAAUAGCAACGUGGUGGUCAGGAUGAAGCUGAAGCAGAUUAGCAGGACAUUGACUGGGUUCCAACAGCGGCCUCUACAAUUUGCAGUGCUGGUCAGGGACAUCCUCACGAGGGAGAGGGUUCUUCUCAACACACCAACUCAGGGCCCCAGUCCUCAGCAGUACCCACCACCAUAUGAAAGCAGAGAGUCCUCCUUCCCCAACACGCAGGACGUAGACCACCUGGUCCUGAAGGUGCUGGAGGUCCAGGAAAUCCGACAAAAGAUGCACCAAAUGCAAGAAGAGCUCAACUGGGAGAGACAGAACUAUGAGAGUCUACCAGGGACAAUUCAACAGAACGGAAUGGAUCCGGCACAAUCUGAAAUCCAUAAACUCCAAACCAACAUCCAGCAGCUGGAAUACAAUGUGAAAACAAUGGCCACGAAGCGUUUCCAGCUGCUGCAGGAGUGUGUGGACUGUCUGGACCAGUGUCAGGUACGACUGAUCAGCAGACUGAAAGCAUGGCAGUGGGAGCAGCACAAGGCCACCAUCGGACAUCCUUUUGAUGAAAACCUCACCCCCCUGCAGACUUGGUGUGAGCAGUUACUUGCAGUGAACGGUAAGUUGAGACAGGAAUUGAUGCUGAUUGUGGAACCGAUCCCAGAGCUCCAGGAAAGGCUGGGGAAACUUCAGCAGGUUCUGAUUCAAAGCUCUCUUGUCGUGGAGAAGCAGCCUCCACAGGUCAUUAAGACUCAGUCAAAGUUCUCCACCACUGUGCGAUAUCUGCUGGGGGAGAAAAUUGCUCCAGGGAAACCUGUGGUACUGAAGGCACAGAUCAUUAAUGAACUGCAGGCCAGGAAUCUGGGCAGUGUACCAGGUGAAAAUGUUGGGGAACUGAUCAACAAUACGGCCGUCCUCGAACACAACACAACCAGCAAGAGCACAUGUGCCACCUUCAGGAAUAUGUCCAUUAAGAAGAUUAAGAGGGCUGAUAGGAAAGGAUCAGAGUCUGUGACAGAGGAGAAGUUUGCAUUCCUGUUCUCCGCAGAAAUCACCAUCACUGGCUGUGACACUCCCUACAGGAUACAGACUUUUUCACUGCCGGUGGUUGUGAUUGUCCAUGGAAGUCAGGACAACAACGCUCUGGCCACUAUCAUAUGGGACUGUGCUUUUUCGGAACCAGACAGAGUUCCAUUUAUAGUGCCCGAGCGUGUUCCCUGGAGGAUGAUGUACAGCACGCUCAACAGCAAAUUCACGUCUGAGGUGCAGACACAGCACAACCUGGACCACUUCAACCAACACUUCCUGGCCCAGAAGAUAUUUGACAAGUCUGACUUUGUCGACGACUUCAGCAACAUGAUGGUUUCCUGGGCCCAGUUUAAUAAGGAGGUUCUGCCAAGUCGAUCGUUCACCUUUUGGCAGUGGUUUGAAGGAGCAAUGGACCUGACCAAGAAGCACCUGAAAACCUACUGGAGUGAAGGGCUGAUAUUUGGCUUCAUUGGGAAGCAGCAUCUACACCUGAUUCUCCAAGACAGGCCCAAUGGGACGUUCUUACUUCGCUUUAGUGACUCUGAGAUUGGAGGCAUCACCAUUGCAUAUGUUUCUGCUUCUGAGAAUGGGGGCCAGAAAAUUCAGAACAUUCAGCCAUUCACCAAGAGAGAUCUUGAGAUCCUUAGCCUCGGCGAUCGCAUCCGUGACAUCAAUCACAUAACGUACCUGUAUCCUGAAUUUCCCAAACAUGAAGCUUUCAAAAAGUUCUACUCAGAGCCUCAAAUGUCACCCAGUGGGGGUUAUAUUCCUGUGUCCUUGCAUACUAAAGUGGGCACGGAUCCUGGCUCAGCCACAGCUGCACCUCCCCUUGUGACGCCUGAUAACCCCUGCAGUUCCACGUUCCCUGUGAAUCCGUUCUGUCAGCCGUUCAGUCCGACAGACUCUAUUACUCCAUUAGAAGGGAUGGACACCACAGCUAAUCCUGAAGAGUUCGUCACCUCUCCUGUUGGUUUUCCAGAACACAUUCCCACAGGAGACAAUAUGGACCUAGAGUUAGAAACUAUUCUCCAGAACCUGAAUAAUUAAGAAGACUUCCCAUCAACUCUGUUUUGGGAGUGCAGAUGUCAAACAGUCUCAAUAUCAAGACAGCCAUUCUUGCUCCACUUUCAUUUUCCAUCUUCAGCUUCAUUUGGCUUUGAGUGAAAACUUUUUGGAGACAAUUGUGGGACUCUCUGGGAAGAAGGAAAUUAAUUUACAGCAAAGAACUGAGAGCAAACCAGGUGAAAAAGUUCUGUCAUUGCUGUUUGUCAGCCUUUGUUGCACUCAGACCUUUGUUUUUUGUUUUUUUUACUGAUUUCCUGAUGGCAAUGUUGUUGAUGCCUUUGUAAAUGUUGCUUGCUUUUCAUAAAAUAGGUGAAAUAAUACAAUAACCAAUUGUACGUGAUGAUUAACAGUGAGGUUCAUUGAAAGGAAAAAGCACAUCACCACAGCUGAGAGUGAGCCAGAUUAUUUUUGAUGCUAUACAAUUUUGUUGUCGCGUAUUUUGUUCAUUUGCCGUUUUUCACUGUAUAUAAAGCUUUGGUAAGUCACUAUUGUAUGUCACAGUAAUAAACAGUAUGCAUGCUUUAUAUUAGUAACUCAAAUAUGGGUCAGUCGGGUCAGUGUAUGAGACGUACCUUUGGUGUCAAAGUAUUAAUCAAAGUAAUGAUUGAGCUGUUUCGUACAACAGAGUAUCAGGGCUACAUGGAGAAAAAAGAAAUUCAUGAAUAAAGUCGUAAAUUUACGAGUUUAUUCUCAGAAUUUUACGACUUUAUUUUUUUUCUCAAUGUGGCCCUAAUACUCCUAACAUAGUUUUGUGUUCUCAGAGCUGGGUAGUAUAUUUUUUUUAAAAAUAGCUUUUACGCGAGUUGAGUACUUAAUAGUAAAGACAUGAUUGUACACUUCAUUUUAAAUCUUACAAUAUUAAUCCGACAUGGGUGCAUUAUCUUUACUUCACGGGUCUUUACAUUUAAUGUUCUGAUUUUAGAAACUGUUUUACUUGUGUCUUAAUGUAAAUCAAAAUCACACUUUCCCCUAAACUAAGUUCAUGUUUUAAAGGUUUGCACUACCUACCAUCACUGUCAGUUAUGGGCAUGUCAUUAUUGAACUAUAUAACACAUACACUACUGUGCAAAAGUCUCAGGGCAUCACUGGUUGUGUUGUCUUUAUGUCUGUCUGUCAUUCUGUCAUCAUUGCCAUUUGGAUAAGAAUGAUGUGAAGUUGGUCUUAUAUAUUAACAAGCUGUUAGGUCAUGAUCAAGCAUGUCUUGUAUAAACCUGGCACAUCAGUUUUUCACAGCAGAUGAAAUAGUAGGAUAAACACAGGUUUUGCCAGUAGCAUUAAUUAGGGUCCCCUUCCAUAUUCAAGAGUGUCAGGGUCAUGCUUUUGUUCCAGUCUAAGGACAGGUCAUAAUAAAUAAUUUUUAACAUUUAGAAGCUGUUUUUUUCCCUGAAAGUUUUCUUAUUUUAAAACUGCAUACAUCACUCACUCACUCACUCACUCAUCUCCUACCACUUUAUCCUUCACAUGAGGGUCUCAGAGGCACUCGUGCCAAUCCCAGCUGACAUAGGACGAAAGGACAGGUUGCCAUUUCAUCACAGGGUCGCAUAGAGACAAACAUCCACUCUCACAUUCACACCUACGGUCAAUUUAGAGUGUCCAUCUGCAUGUUUUUGGACUGUGGGAGGAAACCGGAGAACCCAUAGAAAGCCCACGCAGACACAGUGAAAACAUGCAAAGGCCAAACUGUUUACGUGUUUCCCAUAUUAUCUGUAUGUGUUCCAAUAAAGUCAUUGAGAACUAAUGAUACUGUAUGCUCAUAAUAGCGUUGCUAAACAACAACUGUAAUGGUGACCUAAGACUUUUGCACAGUGCCGUCGUGUGUUGGACGUAACACAUGCUCUUUAGCUGAUGAUGCUCUCAAGUGUCGAUUAUCUCUGUGGUAAAUCAACACAAGGCUACUAUUACAGAUCUUGGGCAAUCUUUUUGUGGCAAGUUUUGGAAACACAGUAGAAUAUCCUACAAUCAGUUGCAGAUAUAUGAAUUGCAGCCUUUACACAGAAAUAACUUUUGAGUGCCAAAUGAUUAUGUACUGCAAGUUCUCAGAAAUGUGCUUACAACUUCUUUGAUAUAUACAGUUGUAAAUCUCAUCAAACAUC